GUCAGAUUUCUUGUUUACAACCAGAUCUAGAUAAGUUUGCUCAUUCUCUGUUUCCGGCAUUUUGUGCUAUAGUGUGUACCGCAUUUCGUUUUAUCUGCUUUGCAAAAGUGGUGAAAUAAACGCUUAACACCAGAAAAAAAGCAACGACAAAAUGCCCGAGUUAACUGAAAUCACGGAAAGCACUGCUGCGUCGCUGGCAGGUGCAUCUGCUGUCCCGAGUACCUCCGCCGACAACACAGAAGCAAAGCUGGAGGAUGCGCCCAGUGAUACCGAAUCCGAGGACACUAUCCCAGAGCUGGAAGAUGCAGGAACCGCCUCUGCGCAACUAUCCUCUGGUGGCAUGCCCGAUUUGGUCUCCAAGGCUAAGCAGUCUCGCGGUGAAAAGAAAGCUCGCAAAAUUAUGUCAAAACUGGGUCUAAAGCCAGUGCAAGGCGUAAAUCGAGUAACGAUCCGCAAAUCAAAGAACAUCCUCUUCGUGAUAAACAACCCGGACGUGUACAAAAACCCACAUAGCGACACCUACAUCAUUUUCGGCGAAGCAAAAAUCGAAGAUCUCUCCCAGCAAGCACAGGUGGCCGCUGCCGAAAAAUUCAAGGCACCGGAGGCAACGCCGGUGGCAGGCGAUGCUGCUGGCGCCACCACCUCAGUUGCACCGAUCGCCGAAGAGGAUGAGGAGGAGGUAGACGACACCGGACUGGACGACAAAGAUAUUGAACUGGUCAUGCAGAACGCCAAUGUACCCCGCGCCAGAGCAACGCGAGCGCUAAAAGAUAACAACAAGGAUGUCGUUAAUGCAAUCAUGGAGUUGACAAUGUAAGGCCCCGCAGUGACUCCGGUAUUCGAUGUUAUCGUGCUUUGGUCAGUGGUCUCUUCCGCGUUCUCUUUCCCCCCUCUUUAUCCAAAUAUUCUAGUUACAAUAUACCAGCACACCAUUAGACGCAAGAUAAGUUUUGUGAUUUAUGUCGAGUGCUUGACAGCAGUUACGGCAGAUUGUCUCUGUUGCAAAUAAAUUUGCAGCCCUUUUUUGGGAUAUUUAAGGCAUAAUUAUGGCUUGAAUAUUACCGCUACUCUUACUGAAACAAAACACAGCACACCUGCUAAGUCUAUCUGAUUGAUAUCAGUAGGGUAAAAGAACCUUCGAAAACAAUAAAAAUGAAAAUUGGAGAUUAUGUUUGACAUGUA